GACACCACCAAAGAGCUAGGCUAGGAAACAAAUAUUAAAUGACUGUAUCAAACCCUAGCUUCUCUCCUCCUUCUCUUUUGCGCUAUUGUCCUCUUGUCUCUUCCUCUCUUGAUUUUGCCUGGUUCAUACUUUUUUCUUAGCAAAUUGAUAUUCUAUACUAAAUUCAUCUAAAUCACGAAAAGAAGGAUUCGAACUUGGGUGCAUAAAAGAAAACACACUGCUAUAUCUACUGAUUUUGAUUCAUAUUUAUAUAGUAAUACAAAACAAGAUAGUUAAUUGCUAGCUAGUAAGAACAAUACUUGUGGUGCAUGUUUGCUUGAUGAUUUAGCACAAGAAUAUCUUAUAUAUAAAUUUUCGAAGGGUUUUGAACAAGGCCAUAAAGUGGAUCGAAAGCAUGGGAAGAGGUCCUUUCCUGGUGAUGAACCAGAGGCGAAAGAGGAGGAUCAUCGAAUGAUCUUCGAGCCGUUUUGCUCAUCAGCUCGAUCUCAACAUGAGAUGUCUGCCAUGGUCUCAGCUCUAUCUCAAGUUCUUGGAAGCACUAACAACCAGACCCCAGCUGUUCAAGUGCCGAUGGAGCCACCAAUGAUUGCUCCCCAGUCCAGCGCCAUGGAGUCGCAUGAUGAUCAAUCUCCUCAACACGCUCGAGAUCAAGGGACUGCGAGGAGAAGGCACUAUAGAGGAGUGAGGCAGAGACCAUGGGGGAAGUGGGCGGCUGAGAUUCGUGACCCGAAGAAGGCAGCUCGGGUGUGGCUCGGCACCUUUGAAACCGACGAGGCAGCGGCACUUGCUUAUGAUGAAGCAGCUCUCAGGUUUAAAGGAAGCAAAGCUAAGCUCAACUUUCCCGAAAGAGUUCAAGGAAGAAUUACUGAAUUAGGUUCCCUCACUGCCACUAGUACUCAACAAAACUUGCCAGCUGGGACAUCUCAAGGAGUAAUUACUGACCACCAUCACCCUCUUUCUGAUUAUCAAUAUCAACUGCAGGCAUUCCCUAAUAAUGUUGUUACUCCUCCUCAUGAUCAAUAUGCACAAUAUUUUCGGAGUGGUCACGAGUGCAUAAGUUAUGAUUUACCAGCUACUCUUUAUGAAAGAGAGAUAUUUGCUAACCAGACAUCAGAAACUACUACAUCGUCAUCAUCUUUAUUACCUUUCUUACCAUCUCAUCAACAAGAAGAUCAACAACAUCCCUUAAGCUAUUCUAUGCCGGGGUUCGGGUCUUCUUCUUCUUCGAGUUCAAAUCCUCCUCCUAGGAAUAGGAACCGUCGACCUUGACAGGAGUACUUUAUUCAAGAGGACAGUACACAUCCAAGUUCCAAGUUCCCUGGGAGAUCAAUCGUGGGAGAAUAAAGAUAUAAUUAUAUCCUUCAAGUUUUGUGAUGUAUUUUUGUUUCUUUCUUUCUUGAAUUAGACUCUCUUUUGUCGACAAAGGUUUAAGAAGGUGAUCAAAAGUGUGUUGUUAAUUGAUGAUUGUUUUCGGUUUGCUUGA